AUGGUGAGUAUGAUUGAUGAGAGUUUCCAGUAUUCAAGUUUAACCGCCCUCGAUGAGGUCUGACGCACUUUGUUUUUCACCAACUCGCCUAGUUGCAUAAAAAUUGGGGGAGGAGCCGGUGAAGAUCGAGUUUUCUUUGGGAUUGAAAUGAGCAGGCAAAACUGAGCAAAAAUGUGUAUAUAAAUUAGUCAUUUUUAUGGAAGUUGGUUAGAGUUUCGUUUCAUAAAUUAUUUUCGAGCAUCAAAAGUUGGCAUUUUAGAAACUAGACACUUUUCUGCGCUAAUUUAGUCGUAAAUGUUUUUUUUUUAAUUUUCAUAUGAUAGAAUUAAACUUCAAAACACCUGCCUCUUAAAGUUGAGGUUAAGGCUACAUUUUGGAAUUUUCUGGGCCAUUGGGACUUUUGGUAGACCUUCAAAUUUUGAUUUCGUUAAUCAAUUUACGUAUUUUAAGUUAAGAGUCUUUUCAAAGUUAAUAACCCACCCCUCAUAAAUCCUGUUUCAUAUAAGUUUCACGCCAAGAUCUUGUAGCUAUCAUGCAAGUAAAAACCUGACCUACUGAAUUAUUCACAAACUCGUUUGACACACUCAAAAAUUCUGAUCCUAUACACUCACUUUUCUAUACUUUUUUUCUGGAAUAACAAGAAAAAAGAACACAUCCUGAAUACACCUAAUAUAUUCACACCCACCACUUCCGUAACCCCAAGAUUCCUUUUUUUUCUUCAUCACAUACAUAUAUUUUUUGUACCCCAAGAAGAAAAAGAAUUCUAAUCUCUUUUUGAUUUGCAUUUCUAAUUUUUCGUCGACGCUUCUUCCACAUCAUCAUCAUCCAAUCUUUAAAGGCACAUAGUGUUUGUUGCAGAUGCGUUUCUUGGUGAUUUUGUUCGCUUGCAUUCUCGCGUGGGUUCUCGCAGCUCCGUCUGUUAUUGAUCGCGAAGAGGAUGCGUUCAGAUUGUGUAAGUUAGCCGAAGUUCUGAGCACGAUAUUUAUCUGAAUUUUUGCAGUGAACAACUAUCUUCAAAAAUAUGGACCUGAUGAAAACUACAUUUAUUUGAUGGAUCAUGGGUAGGUUUUGGGUAAAACCUAUUGAAAAAAUCAGAAAAAAAUUCUGAAUUGUGAGCAUUUUAAGAUUGGAAAUUGGAUAACUGAAAAAAGCACAGGGUUCUAGCUUCCCUUAAAAAUAUCACUCAUUCAAAUAUUUUUUCUGCAGAUCUGCCAAACGUGGUCUUGGCCCGCGUCCUCUUCGCUUUGGAAGAAAAUAA